AUGCUGGCCGACCGAUUUGGAGCCGGUCCUAAACUUGGAAUCGUUAUGGGAACAGUUUUAUCGGCAAACACUUUAGGUUUCAUUGCUGGUCCUGUAAUUGGUGGUGUUCUAUAUCAGUACUGGGGAUAUACUUCCCCUUUUAUGUUCUGCGUCAUACUUUCAUUUAUCGGUUUUGUGUCUGCAUGCACAAUCGUCGAUCCGAUUAAGUUGAAAGAAUGGGAUUUGGCAAUAAGUAGACGUGAUGGAAACUCUGAUGACCCCCCAGAUUAUUGUGAAGUAGAACCCAAUUGUAACAAUCCUCUUUCAAUCUGGAAUUUAAUAAGAGAUUGGGAAAUUGUCUCAAUUUGUCUGACGCUCACAAUUGUAGCAAGUGUUUUUUCGG